AUGGGAUUUGGCGGAGGCGGUUACUGUGCUACUUGUGCAAUGAAAAGCCAAGGACUAAAUUCUCCUGGUUUUGGAUACGGCGAAGUCACUCAUAAUUUUGGCGUGCCAUCAAUUUCGACUCCACAAAAGACAGUCCAAACCACUUACGGAAAUAUAGUCGGAGAUAAUCUCGGUUACACAGCAACAAGCGGUUCUUCGCCUUCUACAUAUAACACGGCACCAACCUCAUAUACGACUCAGUUCACUAUUCCAACCAGCAUUUGCCCAACGGGUAAAUGCUUCUGUAACUCUGGAAUUUGUACAAGCUGCAACUCGUGUGGUUGGAACAGAGCUCCUUGCCCGUGCAUGAACGGUGGCGGAAAUUGUUGUAAUCGUCAACAGUUUAACUCCUACGAAAAUUUCCAACCUUGGGGAACCAGUAACUCAAACGGUGGGUACCAAACGUCAACAUUUAAUACAGGAAGUAAUCCAAUGAAUCCAGCACCUGUUAUUCAAACAUUUACUGUACAACCAAAUUUUGGUACCGAUAACAGUUUCUCGUUUGGUUAUAAUUCAAAUUCGGCUAAUUAUGGUACGUUUUCCUCACUGCCAAAGUCAAACUUUGAAAAUUUCAAUCAGUUUGGAACUUCGAACACUCAGUAUGGCAGUGCAUCUAACCGAUUCGGUAGCAGCAGUCCGUACAUUAAUAAUAUUCCAAAUCUUAUUGUUACCACCAACAAACAACAUAAGGCCUAG